UAUAACGGAAUAUUCGGGUUUUCAUGGGUACAAAACCAUUACUUGGGUUCAGUUGUUUUGCCCCAUUAACGAUGGGUUGUCGAAUACAAAGAGAACGCGUUUGGAUUCUUUGCGUCGCGUUGCUUUGUUUAUUUGACUGGUCUGCAGCGCAGAUCUCUUACUCCGUUUCAGAAGAGGUGGACAAAGGCACUUUUGUGGGGAAUCUCGCUAAGGAUUUAAACCUUAAUGUUCAGGAACUGGACUCGAGGGGUCUAAGGAUUGUAUCAGGACAUAGUAAGAGGUAUUUCGAGGCAAAUUUGAAGACCGGAAUUAUGUUCGUUGAGGAGAGGAUAGAUAGAGAGGAGCUUUGUCCAAAUACGGUGAAGUGCUCCUUAAAUAUAGAAGCCAUAUUGAGCCAUCCUACCCAGCUCCACCGGGUUGAAAUUGAUAUUUUAGACAUAAAUGAUAAUGUACCAUCAUUCCUCGAAAGAAUACAUGUACUUAAUAUCACCGAGGCGGCAUUUCCUGGUGAGCGAUAUCCACUACCGAUAGCGAAUGACGCAGAUACGGGCAGUAACUCGGUAAACAGCUACAAGCUGAGCCCAAAUGAACACUUCUCCCUGGAUGUACAGAGCGGUGGAGAGCAGAGUGUGUCUGCUGAGUUAGUUCUGCAGAAAGCUUUAGACCGAGAGAAACAGCCCGUUAUCCAGCUCACACUGACCGCUGUAGAUGGAGGAAAACCUCCAAGAUCCGGGACAUUACUGAUCACAGUAAAUGUGGAAGACGUUAAUGAUAAUGCACCUUCAUUUAGCAAACCACUUUAUAAGGUUAGCGUUCCUGAAAACGUUUCAUCUGGUACAGCAAUAAUAACUCUCACCGCGACGGAUCUUGACGAGGGCGUAAAUGGCGAGAUUAUGUACUCACUAAUAGGUCGAGGUAGUUUCAGCCACUCAGAUACAUUUGCUAUAAAUUCAGAUACAGGCAUAAUUACUGUUAAGAAAACUAUGGACCAUGAGGUAACUGCCGCCUAUGAAAUUCGGGCUGAGGCGAUAGACCGAGGGCACUCCUCACGGAAAACGUAUUGCAAAGUAUUAGUAGAAGUUAUUGAUGUCAAUGACAAUGUCCCUGAAAUAUCAGUGACGUCCCUCAUGAGCCCAGUCAAAGAGGAUGAUGAGAUAGGGACAGUGGUUGCCUUGGUGACAGUAACUGAUAAAGACGGAGGUAAGAACGGCCUCACCAACUGUAAUAUUAUUGGGUCUGUUCCAUUCAAAUUGAAAUCGAACUACAAAAACUAUUAUUCGUUAGUGGUCGACGGGCCUCUUGACAGAGAGGGCGCUUCUCAGUAUAAUGUUACCAUCACAGCUACGGAUGAAGGGACCCCGCCUCUCUCCAGCACCAGCGUUAUUACUGUCCACGUUUCUGAUGUGAAUGACAACGCACCUCACUUCUCAGAACCCGUGAUUAAUGUUUAUGUGAAAGAGAACAGUCCGGUAGGAGACGUCAUUUGUACGAUGUCUGCUUUUGACCCAGAUUCAGAUGAAAAUGCAAAGAUGACGUAUUCAUUAUUAGAUAAAAGUGUUUCAAUAUCAUCAUCUGUAAAUAUAAACCCGGAUACUGGAGAUAUAAUCAGUCUGCAGUCUUUUAACUAUGAGGAGAUCAAAACUUUCCAGGUCAAAGUUCAGGCCACAGACUCUGGUGUUCCUCCACUCAGCAGCAACGUGACUGUGAACGUUUUUAUCCUGGAUGAGAAUGACAACAGUCCUGGGAUUCUCGCGCCCUAUUCUGAACACGGCUCCGUUAACACGGAGAACGUUCCCUAUUCUGCUGAAGCGGGCUACUUUGUGGCCAAGAUCAGGGCUGUAGACGCCGACUCUGGCUACAAUGCGCUGCUUUCUUAUCACAUCUCUGAGCCCAAGGGAACCAACCUCUUCCGAAUCGGAACCAGCACCGGGGAACUAAGGACUAAGAGGAGAAUGAGUGACAAUGACCUGAAAACUCACCCGUUGGUCGUGUUGGUUUCUGAUAACGGAGAACCCUCACUGUCAGCGACUGUGUCUAUUGAUGUAGUGGUGGUUGAAAGUACAGGUGAAAUCCAGACUCAAUUCAGAAAUGUGCCGAGAAAGGAGGAGAACUUCUCUGAUUUAAACCUGUAUUUGUUGAUCGCCAUUGCCUCGGUGUCAGUGAUAUUUUUACUGAGCCUCAUCAGUUUAAUAGCUGUAAAAUGCCACAGGACAGAGGACAGUUUCAGAAGGUACAGCGCCCCAAUGAUCACCACACACCCUGACGGAAGCUGGUCUUACUCUAAAUCUACUCAGCAGUAUGACGUGUGUUUCAGCUCAGACACACUGAAGAGUGACGUAGUGGUUUUCCCCGCUCCGUAUCCACCUGCAGAUGCAGAACUGAUCAGUAUUAAUGGAAAUGACACGUUUAACAGAACUCAGACAUUACCCAACAAAGAGGAGGUAAGAUCUAUUGACUCGUUUUCUGUUGAUUUAUAUCUGAAUUACUCCACUGAUCUCCUUACAGUCAAAUAA